GCGGCGACGGCGGCGACGGCGGCGACGGUGGCAGAAGCUUACCCAGACACUCGAGAACCUGGAGUCGGCCAUGAACUUCUCCGGGGCCGCGGCUGUGGUGGCAGACAUAACGGUGUCGUCGCGCCCCUGCUAGAGGACAGAGGAAUAGAGUCAGACGCGUGAAGAGGCAAGUCUUUCGAUUCCUAGUUAAGAAGACUCUGAUGAAGAGAAGACUGACAGAAGUAAACAUUGUUUCAAAUGGCUUCUAGGUAUUACUCAUUAUAACAUCAUGGCGGGGAGGAAUCAGAAUUGGACUGUUUCCCUCUCAGGAAUUCAGGCUGGUGGCCAUGGACAUCCUUUCGGGAAUUGUACAGACAAUGACAUGGAAGAAGAUGCUGAAAUCUAUGAACUUCGGUCCAGGGGAAAGGAGAAGGUUCGCAGAAGCACAUCGAGAGACAGACUUGAUGACAUUGUCAUAUUAACAAAAGAUAUCCAGGAAGGAGACACGCUAAAUGCAGUAGCCCUUCAGUACUGUUGUACGGUAGCAGAUAUCAAAAGAGUUAACAAUCUCAUCAGUGAUCAAGACUUUUUUGCUCUUAGGUCUAUCAAAAUUCCAGUUAAAAGGUUUAGUUCUUUGACUGAAACUCUUCAUCCUCUGAAAGGAAGACAAGUUUUGCAUCCUCCACCUGUUCCGUAUUUUCAAGAGCAAGACAUUGUGGCAGCUGAUGACUCUCUUUCUUCCAGUGAGUCAGCUGGCACUUUCCUAAAAGAAGUGGACCGAGACAUAGAACAAAUAGUCAAGUGUACAGACACCAAGAAGGAGAACCUGAAUGAAGUGGUAUCUGCCUUAACAGCUCAGCAAGUCCGGUUUGAACCUGAUAACAAAAGCAUUCACCGAAAGGAUCCAUAUUACGGAGCAGACUGGGGGAUUGGUUGGUGGACAGCUGUAGUGAUAAUGUUGAUAGUGGGGAUAAUAACGCCAGUGUUUUAUUUGCUGUAUUAUGAAAUUUUAGCUAAAGUGGAUGUUAGUCACCAUUCAACAGUGGGUUCUUCACACUUGCAUCCAGGACUCACACCUCCAUCACAGCACAGAGAGAUGGGAAAUGGAAUUGGUCCAACAAAAGGAAUACCUGUUGGUCAACAAGAUGACCACAAACUAUAUAGGCAAGACCCUCAGGCACAUGAUGCUCAACACAGAACGUAACAGUGAGCUGCUCAGUGUUAGUGGUCAUGUUUGCAUAUGGAAUAUGGUGACUUACAUAUAUAUCCAACAACUGCUUUGAAGUCAAAAUCUAGGAACAUCGAAGAUGGUACCUUUCUAAAAAUUCCUGAGCUUUUUACAAAUGGAUGUCUAUAACACCUGAUUAUUCUAUAUUAAGACUGUCCAGUCCAUAUAUCUGCUGUAUCAGUUCUUAAAGCAGAAAUUAAUUUAUAUGUAUGUCUAGGAAUUCUAACUUAGAUGAUGCUGCCAUUUUUCUUAUUCAAGAUGUUUAAAUUUUAUUAUUUAAAAGAUUGUUUUUUAAUUUAAGGUUGUUCAUGUCGAGGAGUCUAAAUGCUUACACCUGAAGAGGAUUUGAUACAAGACCACCGAAAUACUAAUUGCAAAUUUUAAUUCUAAAAUUAUUCCUGAUACCAAGUACUUAACACUUAAAUUUGAAACUUUAAAAACAUGUUUAGCAUAUGUGCUACAAAAGCAAAUGUAGAAACAGAUAUGGAAACAUUGUCUAUAAUUUGUAUAAUACAGAGUAAGAAAUAGAUUAAAUAUUUUAUGACCCCAAAAUAAUGUCUUUGGGUUGGAAACUUCCCAUUUGAUGGAAAGGACACAGAGAUAGGUCCAGAUCUAUUCCUUAACAAAAGGUAUCCAUAAUGAUCAGCCCUUCAACCUCACCUCCACUUCUUCAUUUUGAAAAAUACUUAUGUCUGAUAUUUUGUAGUUCUUUGAUGAAGUGUUAUACAGAAAAGCAUAUUCAGCAAAUUCCUCUUUACAUACUGUGACUAUUGCUGUUAUAAAUAGUAACAUGCCUUAAUUAACACUUAAUGCCUUACAUUGUUACUUUAUGUAAGUUCAUGUACACUUCACAAUCAACAUUGAAACAUUGUGUCAGAUUUUAUUGAAUAGGCUAACAUUUCACAGGCUAUGUAAAUUUGUCUGUGUUCGCUUUUAAACAUAAGUUAAUGGAGUAAAAACAAAUUUGUACAACCUGUCUCUGAAGUCUUGCAGAAGAAAAGUAUUCAUUAAGUAAAAAUGAGUAAACAGGACUUUUACAUUAGCAGUAGACAGAUUGCUUUAUAUGGUCAUCUAUUGACCUCUGCUUUUCAAAAAGGACCUGUCCAAUUUAGAUUCUGCCCACCUAAUAUGCAUCAUCCAUUGAAAAACAUAUGCCAAAGGCGUGUGGCUUGGUCAAAAGGGUUUAAUAGUGGCAUUUUCUACAUCUAAUGUAUGACAAGUAUGUGUUUUAAAAAUAUCCAUAUAGGGAGUGGAGUCUGGAUUGCAUGGUUUUUGUGUAACAAAGUGCAUACCUUAAAAUAUGCUACAUUACCUCAUUUUUUGGACAUUAUUUCCUAAAUCAAUGUUUCAGCUUUUUAAACAUUUUGUAUAACAAAUUCCAAUCCUGAUACAAGGAAUUAGUAAUAUAUAUUUGUUAUAUUUGGGAUUUUAUACACUCUGAAAAGAAAAAGCAUUACAAAAAGACAGACAUGGAAGUCAGUCAUUUUAAAGCCCUAACAUCAGCAGUUUUAGAAAUUUUCCUUAUUUAAUAAUAGGAUAGUUUUGAUAAAUUGAUUCCUUCAGUAAAUCUUAGUUAAAAUAAUUUUUUAACAUGCCAUGUGCAUUUGGAAAUAAGAGUGAUCUUUAAUUAUGCUCAGUGUUAGCAUAGCCAGUUUACAUUAUCUUUAUUAAGACUGCUGAAAAAUCCAGUUUUAGGGUAACAAAUGUAGAUUUCAGGGCACAGCAGGCUACAAAACCUCUGUUUACAUCAAACAGAUGGAAUUACAGAGUUGUGAUUCGUUUUAGCUGAUUUUACUUGGAAUUAUAAUCAAAGGGUCUGAUCACUUAUACUUAAAGGAGGAUCUAUAGUUGCUGGUUAAAAUCCUUUCUGACUGGAGCAUCCUUUUUGAAGGAAAUACAACACAUCCUUAGGACACAACCAAGCAAUUUCCUUUUCCUAUAUAUCUUAGAAUUAUUAAAUAUAAUUCUAUAUGUAGAAUUAUGCUUUCAUCUUUAAAAAUAAGCAUUUAGAUUUUUUUGAAAAGACAUUAAAUGUAGAUUUGCAAAUUAUGUAAAUUUUUGGGAACUGAAAACUACAUUGUAUUCUAGACAACAUCAGCACAGUUGUCAUUGUUUGAUACUAUGGAUCAUGUCCAGGCCCUUGAAUUUUUUAUGUGUUUAUGUAUGUGGAUGCAGUUAUAAACAGAACUGAGUCAUAGCCAUUGAGUUGAUUACUUCACCUAAAAACUUGGAAUUGCAAAUAAAGAAAAAUCUAAUUAUAGGGCAAAUUCUUGACUUUGUAAAGACUUGGUACAUGGUUCAGUUUGUUUUGAACCAAUAGAUAAUUAUUUAAACAUUUUCACUGUCCUGUCUACAAAACCAGGUUAUGAUCUGCUGGCCAUGUUGUAGAUUAGGAAGGAGUGUGUAAUCUCACGUUUUCUUUUCUGGUUAAAAGCUUUUUUUUUUUUUUUGGACUCUGGUUUUUGGUAGUGUGAGAAGUUCAUUAAAUAAACCACUCUUUAGUAACUGUUAGUCUUUAGUUAAAAAAAAAAAACAAACUUCUGACAUUACCUCACUGCAAACGGGAAGGCUAUAGUUAGAAGUGGAGAUCUAGACUGACUAUUACAGAGUUAAGUUAUUUAGACACUGCAUUAUCAUGGGACUGUUUGCUGAUUUUGAAUUACAGCAUUGUUGCUCAGGAAAUCAGUAUUUUUUUAAAGUAUGUGCAUAUUGCACUUAGAUCAUAGAAACAUGAAUCCUUUAUUUAAUUCACAUUAUGUAUAUAAAAGUUAGGCAUCUUUUGUAGAAUAUAUUUUAUAUAAUGUAUUAAACCAUUGUCAUUAGCAUGCACAUCUGUAAAACUGGUUUUUAAACUUUUGGCCUUGUUUUUCGUAUUUUAAGGAUAUGCAAAGUAUAAUAAAAUUUCUAUUUUAUUAAUCAAUUUGAAAA